AUGGGAAAAGCAACUGAAUAUCACGAGUUCGGAAUGGUGAUUUAUGAUCAUGGUGAAUAUGCAGGUGCUAUUGACUAUUAUCUACAAUCCCUUGAGAUCAAAGAAAAGAUUCUUUCACCAACAGACGCCGAUUUAUCUACUUCUUACACCAGCGUUGGUGCAGUGUGUGACAAGGUCGGUGAUCAUUUAAAUGCACUUUCAUAUCUUCGAAAAAGCACUGGAAAUCUACCAAAAGACUCUUCCUUCAAAUCAUCUUAG